CAUGCGCGGAGGCUGCUGGAGGGGUUUCGCGGCCAGGGGCCCCGGACGCUGGAGUCGCCCCUUUCCAGACUGUGUGUGGUCCGUCCUCCCUUCUAGCCCGUCCUGGGUCAAAGACGGCUGGAGAGGAGGAUGUACCCGGUUUCGGGACCUAUCUGUGGGACGUCUACACUGACCCAGGGCCUGGAGCGCAUCCCAGACCAGCUGGGCUACCUGGUGCUGAGUGAAGGCGCAGUGCUGGCGUCAUCGGGUGAUCUAGAGAAUGACGAGCAGGCAGCCAGCGCCAUCUCAGAGCUGGUCAGCACAGCCUGCGGAUUCCGGCUGCACCAUGGCAUGAAUGUGCCCUUCAAGCGCCUAUCUGUGGUCUUUGGAGAACACACACUCCUGGUGACUGUGUCAGGACAGAGGGUGUUUGUGGUGAAGAGGCAGAACCGAGGCCGGGAGCCCAUUGAUGUGUGAGCCUGCCAGAGGGCAAGGGGCAGGUGCCUGGGUCUGCUACCUGCCACUAUAACGGAAGACAGAAAACUCCUCAGCCACACCCCUACCUAACCUCCCUGGAAGCACAGGGGCUUAGGGCCCACAUGCUGUGUUAAGGAGAGCUCAAAGGAAAGUCCCUCCCUAAUAAACAUGCAUCUGACCUC